AGAUGUUCAAAAUAUAUGCUUAGACGUAUAUUUGUUUUUGGAUAUAUUUAUAUGCGUGUAAUGCGUUACAAUCAUUAAAAUUAUAUUGUCUAUGUAAGCCAUACGCUAAAUCAAUUGUUAUGUUAAUUUUAGAUGAGUGGAAAUGGCAAUAAAUAUGCACCUUAUUCGACAAAGGAAAGAGUUCUUCUAAUCCAGCUGGUUACAGAAAACCCCGUGAUAGAGAACAAAAGGACAGACAAUGCUUCGGCAAUGGAAAAAAAGAUGGCUUGGAAGUUGAUAGCAAGAAAUUAUAACUGCCAGCCUGAGGUUAACAACAUCAGGACCAGCGAGCAGCUUAAAAAAUUGUGGAAUAACCUAAAACAAAGAAAACGCAAAGAAACAACAGCACUGCGUCACAGCAUGUUAGCUACAGGUGGUGGUCCCCUGAUAAAGCCAGAGCGUGAUGGAGUGCUGGAGUUUGUUGAAGAGGCUGCUCCCAAUAUUGAUGUCAGCAUCGACUGUCCUUUUGACAGCACAGCUGUCUGUGAAAAAGCACAAGAACAGCUCCACCAGCCAGGAAGCUCAAUAGCAAGAUCAUCAGUAGCCUCUGAUCCUCCUUACUUCUUUCCCACUACAGAGUUCAAAGAAAUGGACUUGUUAUAUAAUACUUGUAGUGUGACACCUGCUGUUCAUACAGAAGAGGAUGAUUAUUUUGUGCUUCAAAGUGCAAACACUCCUACUUCUAGUAGGGCACUGGGUGUUAUACCUCAAAUAUUUUCUGAACAUAAACAACGGUCCAAGAAAACGAUAGAUACCAUCAGGCACCAAGAAGAGAUUCACAAGAUGAGAAUGAAAAUUUUAGAAGUAGAUAUGCUGAGGGCAAAAGCAUUACAAGAAGCAGCUGAGAAGGAUAGGCAGAGAGCUACUGAUGAAGCUGAGUUAGCUUCAUUAAAGUUAUUAGACUAUAAAAACGGUUCUCGUACUCAGGAUAAGGUGGAGUCAACAGGCACUGAUAACAAAUUACUUCUCUUAGAUAUUCCUGAAGUUACCCACGGAAUAUAUGAAUCAAUUUUAAAAGAAGACGAAAGUACCGAGAAUAUUAAAUUAAGCUGCAGUACGUCAAGCGAUAACGCUAUUUCUCAAAAUGAAACGGAAGUCAGUAUUUCCAUAAAUGGCAGAAAUCCUAAUCAAUCUGAGGCGUCCAACGUAGAAAAUUAUGAAGAUACUUGUUCACUUGCUAAUUUGGAAGAUAAUCCCUUGUUUUAUGUCGAAAUAGACGAUCAUAAUAUCAUUAGUACGGUAGGCCACACUAUGGAGCUAGACGAAGAGUUAUUGGCAGCAGCAACCAGUCAAAUUGAUAGUUUUAAGAUGAUUAAUGAAAACGAAGAUGAUAUACCGGUAUUAGAAAGCAGUAAUAGAGUAAAUGAAAUGCCUGCGAUUGAUACUGAUACUGAAAUAACUAAUUUAGUAAAACCCGAUGAAAAUCGUCAUGAGGAAAAUACGUUAACUUCAAUGGAGAACAAGACUGACAAAACAUCUAGAGAAGUUCUUAAUACUCCAAUGUUACGUAACCCAAAUCAAAAUAGCGUAGGUGAUCCAGAUUUUACUCCUGAAUUAAAUGCUGCUAAUACAAGUAGUGACAACAACUCAAAUAAAGCUGUUGAAAGAAAACGAAAGAAAAGGCAGUUUGUUAAUACCGACGACUGGUCUGAAAAUAAAAGAAAACAAAGACGAGAAAGGGGAAAAGAGUAUAUCGGGCGUAAACUGAUUGAAGGAAAGUGGAAAUAUGAUAUAAAGAGAGAAGCCAAAAAAAUGAAAGAACCAUGUAACUGUAAAGCAUCUCUAAAGGGUAAAUCACUAAAAUGCAGAAUGUUUUCAGAAGAAGAAAGAAAACAAAUAUUUAAUGCCUUUUGGUCAGAUAUGGGAUGGAAGGAAAGAAAAAUGUAUGUGUCACUUUUGAUUGAUUCUAAAGCACCUCAAAGAAACAGAAAUAGAACUACAGAGUGUAAAUCAAGAAGAAAUGAGACAUUGGUUUAUUAUCUAAAAAUUAAUGAAGAAAGACAAAGAGUAUGUAAACAAAUGUUUUUAAACACUCAUUGUGUGAAAGAAAAUAUGAUUUUAGACUGGUUAAAGAAUUCGAAGGUAAAAGUAAAAAAUGUUGAAAAGGCUGUGAUUAAAACAAAUCGGUACAAAAAUAUGAAACAGGAACUAAAACAGUUUUUCAAUAAACUGCCAAAGGUUGAAUCUCAUUAUUGUCGGGCAUCAUCGUCCAAAUUAUACCUAGAGCCUAACUGGCAUUCAAAAUUCUCACUGUAUAGCUUCUACAAGGAUUGGUGUAACCAGCAUAAUCAGUCAUUUCUGUCAAUUGCCUCAUUUACACACGUUUUUGAAGAAAUGAAUCUUUCUCUUUUUCGAACGAAAAAGGACGAAUGCGACAAAUGCGUGGCCCAUAAAACAGGAAAUUUAACCGAUGAUGAAUUUAAUUUGCACCAGACAAAAAAGGAAGAAGCAAGAACUGAAAAAUCCACAGACAAAGAAUCUGACAAUAAGGUAUACUGCAUGGAUUUACAAUCUGUUUUGUUAUCACCCAAGUCAAACGUCUCAUCGCUGUAUUUUAAAACCAAACUUAUUGUACACAAUUUUACGUUUUUUGAUUUAAAAACUAGUAAUGGAUAUUGCUAUAUCUGGCACGAAUCUGCAGGUGGUGUUACUGCAAGUGACUAUGCUUCUAUCAUUUGUCAGUUUAUAGUUGAUCAUGUAAAAGUUGAUAUGAAAACUGAUCAAAAGCUUAUAAUUUACAGCGAUGGUUGCACGUCGCAAAACAGAAAUUCUAUAUUAGCUAAUGCUCUACUUAAUCUCUCUAUAACUUUAAACAUAAAUAUUGAGCAAAAGUUUUUAGAGAAAGGCCAUACCCAAAUGGAGGCAGACUCGAUACACUCCACUAUAGAAAGACAGAUUCGGACGACCAACAUAAAUGUACCAGCCGAUUAUGUUAGAAUUUGUAUGAAGGCGCGACAAAAACCAAAACCCUACAAAGUCUACUAUUUAGAAUACAGUUUCUUCAAAGAUUUUCGUAAAAUUCAAUUUAUGACUUCCUUGCGACCGGGUAAAAAAAUUGGUGACCCUCUGGUAACAGAGAUUCGUGCAUUACGAUACACCCCUGAUGGCUCUGUUUUUUAUAAACUUAGACACCCAGACACUUUUGUUGAACUUAAUUUCAGUCGUGUGUCCAAAAAGAAACGUAUUGAGACAGCUUGUCUACUAAACAAUCUCCCCAAUUUGUAUGAUUCACCAAGACCAAUAAAAAGAGAAAAAUAUCUUCACUUGCAAUCCCUUAAAAAGAGUCUUGAAAGUGAUUAUCACUGUUUUUAUGACAAUUUGCCCUUCAACUAA